AUGGAUCCAUUUGGACAAUAUGGCUUUCCAGGGCCAGCAUUCCCGUUUGGGCGUCCUUACAUGCCUCCGUAUCAAUUUAUGCAGUACCCUGGUUACGUGGUCCCACAUGCUCCCAUGCAGCCGACUGACUACAGAAGGAUGGCCCCCCUCUUUCCUUCUGUCGCUUCCUACGACCUUCGUUUCCGUCAGCACUUUCAGCAAAUGAGCAUGCAACGUGAAACCACGUCAUCUGAAGCCCAGACGGAGCCCGGUGCUCCGGUUAGCAAACUGAAAGACUGUCUGGAAGGUCUCCAAGCAUGUGAAAAGUCUGGAGCAGUCAAGGAACCCAAUGUGAUGUUUUCCUCAACCCCUACUGUAACCUCAUUCACUCAUGACGUGGAGAAGGUGAACUAUGGAGAUAAGGAUUUAAAUAUGGGGCCCGCUUCUCAGCCUGAUGAGGCAGACCAGGAUGAUUCUGGGAAACCAGUGAUGCAUUGUGACUCUGCUGUGUAUGACGUUGAGUCGAGCCAGGGCCGACUAGAGGAGUGUGUGUUAUCGGAUGUGCUACCUCUCGACAGUUCCUCCGUUCGUGAAGAAAGCCAGAGUCGGGAACAAAAUUACAAACGAGAUGGUUUGGAGAGGCCAUGCUUUCAGAGUGAGAAAUCUGGUGCCAAUCAUGUCAGCAGUGGAAGCCAUUCAGCUGAGGUCCAGGACUCUGGAGCUCAUGUUUCUGAUUACAAUGGGACAUCUGAUCUGUGUGAGGGUAUGAUCUCCAUCCAAAGAGAGAAGGUUGAGAAUUUGCUUCUUGAAUCUGUAGAGGUUACUGAGCCUCUGUUGCAGAUGAUGGCAGACUGUGAUCUGCCUUAUCAAAUUCUCCGCCUUCCUUGCAAUAAGACUACCACUGGUCUGUUGCUUCAGAAAGAGGUCGACCCGUUGCUAUACAUGGAUACCGCAUCUGCUCUCUUGCCUUCUAAAAGAUACACUUUUGGCAGCCCGUACACCCAAAACUACUACCCACCAGGGGUUCCUGACCGGCAGAGUGUCCUCAGUCCUUCACUAGACGAGCUGUCAUCCAGGGAUGAGAUGUUCUCUACUGAUCUCGAAGAUGAUCUAACGUCUGGGCAGGUCUACGUAGAUGGUGGCAAACUGGUAGAAACCUGUGCUGUUCCCACCCACUCUGAAACCGAUGCUGCAGAUAAAGCAUGGUCUGUCUGGGCCAAAACUUGUGCCUGCUGUGGAGCAAGCCUUCCAGAUGAAGACAUCAGUCCUGCAGAGCUGUUGGAUCAAGAUUGCGAUUGUGAGUUGGAGGAAGAUACUGAGGCACCCGGUAAUGGUGACGCUCAGGGAGUAGUGUUAAGGCAGCAUCUAUCCAGGCAUAGGCAGUCACCUUGUGCUCAGGUCUCCAAACACAAAACCCGAAAGGUGCUGGAGAUUGCCGGGACAAGUGGGCAAGACCAAGACAGUGGCAGAGGAGAGUGUGGUGAGCAGCUACAUUCUGCUGCUAAAGGAGACAAGGGCCGAGGCAAAAGUCAAAAGGGUACCCAAUUCAGAUCUUACUCUGGUAAGCAAUGUUCACCAUUUAGUGGAUUAAGAUUACAAUUCCUUUUUGAAAACUUGCAAGGCCGUGAAGGGAGACCUGCAAGACGAAGGCCUUCUUGCAAGACAUUUGCUCAGCAAAGGCCAAGGAGAAAUGAAUACGAUGACCACAAUGAGGCAGAGGUUUCCUACUGCCAAAGGGGCAGGGGUAAGUGCAUAAUGGUUUUUGUGACUGUUAUAUCUUGGAAUGUCUCUGGUAGUACUGAACUCGAUGAUCUCCUUCCUUACCAGGAUCUAUGAAAAGAAGAGGCACGAGAUACUAAGCAACGAUGAGCACUGCUUUAAUACUUAAAUGUAUUACCUAAUAUAAACACUAUUGCACUAUGGAAUGCACAAAAGCAUACUAUAAAAUACACGAGCACUGGUAUUUAUGUGAAUAAUAAGGGGUAAUACUGAAAUGAACGCCUUGCUGCAGAUGACUGCAUUUCCAAUGCUCACACAACUUCACUUUGAGUGCUGUGCAUUCAUCUUAAUCCUGACUGAGGAUGAUGUUUCUCUGGACCAUGCCUUGACAUGCUUAAAUCAUUUCUGUGUACUUUCGUGACUGGAUCUGGAAGGUGUAGACCCAGCCUGUUCACUGC